AAAUCUGUGUGCCGAUUGCCGAAGCAGCGCGUAUAAUGCUCUUCUAAAAACAGGCGGUGUUGGUUCAAGCGCUCGCUGUCUUUUUCGACAUAAUUUAUGUGAGGCGUCUCCAUAGGGUGCAUCUCUCCAUAGAAUCAUAUCCAAGUUAAGGAUCUUUAUUGCACAGUCUGUGUGCGUGGUGCGCGUUCUGCGCGCUGGCGGAAGUAGGCUAAACCACAGUCCAGACUGUUCACGAGAUUGGCAAAAACGCACGUCUGAUUCCUGUGAUAUAGGCUGCGGCGUUUGACAGCUCGGGUUGGAAGAAGGCUUGUUACUGAGGUUUAAACCUGCACUAACAGUCUCCUCCACUUGGCUCCGCCGGAGACAAUGGUAGUUCCACACAUGAGACUGUUCGCGUUAUCCCUUGCUGGCCCCCACCACACCCCGAAUAAGUUUUGAUGUAGUUAAUGGAUUCUAUUACCCUACAUCACCAGCGGAGCUGAGACGGUGGCAUAUGGGGCAUAGUUCUUGUGGAUUUGAGACAUAUAUCUGUAAGGCCCUCGGCGCUUCCGUUACCCCGUGAGAUGGCAGAGAGCGGGACAGACUGUCGGCUUCCUCAGCAGCGUGUCGGGGCCAAGGAGCAGCCCAACGGACAGUCUACAGAUGUGUCGCUGAGCGAGCGGAGACAGAGGGACCGGGAGGAGCGUCUGUCUCUGGUGGUGUGGAAGAGGCCGCUCGUCACCCUCCACUACUUCCUGUUGGAGCUGCUAAUCACCCUGAAGGAGUGGGCGUGCAGGCUUUGGCACCGGCGACAGACUGCCUUUGCCUUGUUGGGGCUCUUCAUCCUUCUGUACGUGGUCUACUCCUUUGAAGGAACUCAUCAAAAGUACGUCCAGUACGCGGAGAAGAGGUCCCUGUGGUGUGCCUACUGGCUGGGCCUGGGCAUCCUGUCCUCCGUGGGUCUGGGGACCGGCCUGCACACCUUCCUGCUCUACCUGGGUCCUCACAUCGCAUCAGUGACCCUGGCGGCGUAUGAGUGCGGCUCCGUCGACUUCCCCGAGCCGCCCUACCCGGAGCAGAUCGUCUGCCCCCUGCAGGCCGGGGCUCAGGAGGAGGCCGGGGCGGUGGCUGUGCAGGGGGGCAUCACCCUCUGGACCAUCCUGUCCAAGGUCCGCCUGGAGGCCUGCAUGUGGGGCGCAGGUACAGCCAUAGGAGAGCUGCCUCCCUACUUCAUGGCGCGGGCUGCGAGGCUGUCUGGUGCUGAGCCUGACGAUGAGGACUACGAGGAGUUUGAGGAGAUGCUGGAGCAGGCCGAGACCGCGCAGGACUUUGCCACCAAAGCAAAACUAACCGUGCAGACAAUGAUACAGCGGGUUGGCUUCUUUGGGAUUCUAGCAUGCGCCUCUAUUCCAAACCCUCUCUUUGACCUGGCAGGAAUAACCUGUGGCCAUUUUCUGGUCCCCUUUUGGACCUUCUUUGGUGCAACACUGAUUGGGAAGGCGAUCAUCAAAAUGCACAUUCAGAAACUGUUUGUGAUCAUAACCUUCAGCAAGCACAUAGUGGAGCAGAUGGUGGCGCUCAUCGGGGUUAACAGCCUCCACGGCGGGCACCUCGCUGCCAGUAUAAGUAGCACUUGUGAGAAAUGUGACUACAUUCUUGCCACUAACGCCAUCGGCAGGAAGGGAGUGGUCUCGGGCCCUUCCAGGGCUGGGUGGCUGCUCGUCGGCGACCACAGAAGGCACUCCCCCCCAGUGCUGUGCCAGUGCUGGGGGCCUCCAUCCAGAGGCCCUUCAGAGACUAUUUGGAGGCCCAGAGGUCGAAGAUGCACCGUGGCGCUGGAGAGGGGACCCCGGCGGAAGAGAACUGGCUCUCCUGGCUUUUCGAGAAGGUGGUGAUCGUCAUGGUAUGUUUCUUUGUCUGCUCCAUCGUCAACUCCAUGGCCCAGAGCUAUGCCAAGAGGUUACAGCAGCAGAAGUUCUCAGAGGGCAAGACCCAAUGAAGACCCUCCCUGAUAUUCCUGUUUGGAGCGUUUUGGGUAUUCUCUGGUCCAAAACCUUGCUUCUUUCAGACAGAAUUCUGACAUCAUCCGGAGAUUUAUGGCUUCUUUAAAUCGAACCCAUAAUGAAAGUGCUUUUUGCUUCUGUAGUGGUACUGACGAUGAUUGCGUUUACUUUUUGAAUUUGGACUUCUUUCAUUGGCUUGUUAGUGGUUGUUUUUUUAUAGAGAUUUCUAGCUUCUAGGGUUUUGGCCUUUUUUCAGAGGUUUAUUGUCCUCUUCAAGGUAGGUGCUUGAUUGUGUGCUUGUUGUGGAUAGUAUGACUAUUUCAGGCAUAGGGCAGCUUCAACUUUGUGUGUGAGUGUGUAUGGAUGUACUGUCUGUCGGCAAUGCUUCUCCAUGGCGAGGCCUUAUGCUGCACUGGAACUUAGUGGUUUUUAUUGUAGAGGUGCCUGAUUUACUUGAUUGUGUUAGGUCUAGAUCUGUUUACUCGAACUAAUUGAAUUAUUUUCUGAGUAUACUGUAAACCCAUCUCACUUAAUCGUAUUUGAAUUUAAAAAAAUGUGACUUAUGGUAAUUAACUCUGUUGAGCAAUAAUGGCAAUACAGAUAAAAUAGACUGCAAAUCUUGUACAUACUUGUUUUCAGUUUCCUGCCAAUUUUCCAUUUUCAUUAAUUUAUUUAGCUGAAGAAUAUAUUCCAGUUGUAAGAUUACAUUUGUGCCUCCUGUCGUUGAUGCCAUUUGUAUUCUGUAGAGCAACUAGGGAUGAGUGUUUAUAAAUCAACCAUGAAUCAUUCUGCUCAACUCUUUGUCUGGACUUACUCACUUGUCUGGCUUCCAGUUUGAGAGCAUAUGAGUCUGCCUGGGGCCAUUCAGCCAGAUGCAAAAUCAGAUCUGUGUGUGUGUGUGUGUGUGUGGUUGCCCACUCAUAUAUCUUGCCCCCAUUUGUUGCCCACUCUUAUAUUUCACACAGAACUCCACCGAUUGAGUGUCAGGGACUUCCAGUAAGUUUAGUUUCGUUCGGGGGGAUCUGAGCUGAAACGAAGCGUGUCGAUCUUGGGGACAGUUGUGCUACUAGGAGCCUCGUGGUGAGGGACUCCUUUGUGUGGUUUUUACAUGUGUGUGUGAACACACACAUCGUGUCUCCGAUGUAAAGCUCAAACAGACUAAUGGGCUCAUGUUCGGCUGUGCGCUAGAAACACAGACAUCCAAAUGAUGUUAUGUCAUCGACAUGUCUUUUCCUUCUUUGUGUCCUUUUCUCAUUGGAUAACGUCAGCUGGCCCGGGUUCCAAGAUUCCUCUUUUUCGUAAUUGCUUGUGACUUUUCUUUCGGUUUUUUUUCCGUCUUUUUUUUCUCUUCUGUGCCGUUGGCCUGGUAUGUGAGUGCCGGAGUUCGGGCUUGGAGCAGGGAGGGAAAAAAGAACACAGUGAAAAGCUUCUGUGCCGUUACCUCAAGUGAACUCUCUGAUGAACUCAAUGCACUGCCCCAGUGACGGAGCCAGGAGACGAAUCACUCGAGUAGAUUCAAAACAGAGGGGCACUGUUGAGCGCACUGAGCUCUAUGGUCUGCCUCCGAUCCAGUCAAGCCUUUCAAAUCCUCCCUCUCUCUCUCGCUCUCCCUCUCUCUCUCUCUCUCUCCCUCUCUUUCUUUCAGGGUAAGUAAAGGCAGGAUUUUAUUUUGUUCUCCACAUGGUGCCUGUGUAUGUGUAUGUGUCCCAGGCAUGAUCGUCACUCUCUCGGCCCGUCAGAUAGCUUAUCAGACUGGUGUUGGCUGUUACAUUGCAUGGCGACAACAGUCUGUAGGCUGUCUGACAUUUCGAGCUCUUUCAUCUGACCAGCAUCCUGUUCUGUUCUUCUGUUGUUGUCAUUGUUUGAGCAUCCGUUAAUGUGGACAUUUUGUAGUCCAGUGUAACUUCCUCUACCCCACUGUCUGUAACAUAUCAUUAGUCAAUUGUUAUAGUUAGUUGAUUAUUUAUGUUUUGAAUGUAAAUACAGAUGUAUUCGAUGUGUUUGUCCAACUGUACUUUUCUCACCAGGAUUACCUGCCUCUUAAAUGGGCCGGUGUGUGUGUGCUUGUGUGUGUGUGUGUGUCUUUGCCUCCACCCGCUCCCCUCCCUCUUUCCUUCCCCUGAAUUUUCAGAUUAUCCAAAAGGCUCACACCUUAUUGCAACACCUUCCAUUGUGACACCCAGUCAUCGGUAUGGGACACACUGUUCUGUUCUCGUUUCCGCUUCAGUUUCACACUUCCUUCUUUUCUUUCACAGAUCUCUUUCCUCUAUUGCUCAAUAGCAGCUUUUUUGUCUUGGGUUGCAUUUCAUUGGUGAGUUGUUUGUUUUUGCUUAUGGGUCAUAUUUAUAGUGCUAUAGUGUUGGACAAAGCUGAAAUCAUAGUUUGACCCAUAAAUGGUCGUAAAAUAUGCCGAGCCACGAUGACUUACCUUUUGAGAAAUUACUAAUGCAAGUGGAUGGUUUUCCUGGUUAUAAAAGCAAAAUCCUUGGAUAACAUUGGAAUGGUCCUGCUGGCUCUAGUCGUGUUAUUUUUUAAUUUUUUGGGUGGUUCUGAAGGGGGGGGUUUCAGAGCAUCCUGCUCCAUAAGGGAGCCCCCUUUUCGGCGUAUGUCUCCCAAUGUGUAUGUGCAAAGAGAUUGUUUAUGUCUGUGUGAGAGAGAAUGAGUGUAUGUGUAUCUUAUGUCUGGACUGAGUUUUUUCCUUUCAUUGUAUGUGUACAUGCUUUGUUUGAAAAAUGCUUCUACUCAAAAUAAAGUCCCCCAAAAAAUGCA